CCGGAAGCGGCCAGGGGGGGAAACUGCUCCGCGCGCGCUGCCGGAGGAAGCGCCGCCGGGUCCGCUCUGCUCCGGGUCCGGCUGGGCCAUGGAGUCCAUGUCUGAGCUCGCGCCCCGCUGCCUCCUAUUUCCUUCGCUGCUGCUGCUGCCGCUGCUGCUCCUUCCCGCCCCGAAGCUAGGCCCGAGUCCCGCCGGGGCCGAGGAGACCGACUGGGUGCGAUUGCCCAGCAAAUGCGAAGUGUGCAAGUAUGUUGCCGUAGAGCUGAAGUCGGCUUUUGAGGAAACGGGAAAGACCAAGGAAGUGAUUGACACAGGCUAUGGCAUUCUGGACCGGAAGGCCUCUGGAGUCAAGUACACCAAGUCGGACUUACGGUUAAUCGAAGUCACUGAGACCAUUUGCAAGAGGCUUCUGGACUACAGCCUGCACAAGGAGAGGACUGGCAGCAACCGGUUUGCCAAGGGUAUGUCGGAGACCUUUGAGACGCUGCACAACCUAGUCCACAAAGGGGUCAAGGUGGUGAUGGAUAUCCCCUACGAGCUGUGGAACGAGACCUCCGCAGAGGUGGCUGACCUCAAGAAACAGUGUGACGUGCUGGUGGAGGAGUUUGAAGAGGUGAUUGAGGACUGGUACAGGAACCACCAGGAGGAAGACCUGACUGAAUUCCUCUGUGCCAACCACGUGCUGAAGGGCAAGGACACAAGUUGCCUAGCAGAGCGGUGGUCUGGCAAGAAGGGAGACAUAGCCUCCCUGGGAGGGAAGAAAUCCAAGAAGAAGCGCAGCAGGGCCAAGGGCUCCACUGGAGGUGGUGGCGGCAGCAAGCAGAGGAAGGAACUGGGGGGCCUGGGGGAGGACGCCAAUGCCGCUGAGGAGGAGGAGGGUGUGCAGAAGGCAUCGCCCCUCCCACACAGCCCCCCUGAUGAGCUGUGAGCCCAGCUUAGUGUCCUUGAAUCAAGACCCCUGACUUCAGAGCUGGGACACGCGCAGCUCAGCUCCAGCUAGGACGGCUGCCGUCCAACUUCAGGUCUCAUCCCUUGGCUGUGCGCCCCUUUCCUUCCCGUGAACAACAGCAAGAGGUGGAAGGAUCUGGGGUGCUAGGAGAGCGCACCCCAAAGGGAAGAGGAGGAGGAGGAGCAGAAGGCAGCUCUCUUUCUAAAACACAGUCCCGUUCAUGAGCUCCGGGGUCCACCCAGCAUCCCCAGGCUGAGAGGAGGCACCUAAGAUACUCGCCAGCGCCCCCUUCAGCCAGGAAGGACUCCGUGCAGCCUCAGCAGCCAGGCCUGCCUCUUCCCUCCACCAAACAUUCUCUUCUGCUAGUCCUUGUUGGGUGGUGAAUCCGAGAACUUCAGGACAAACUCGGGUGUGACACAGAGGGGCUGGACAUCAGAGCCAGAGCCACGCCAGAGCCUGCAGAGAGGGCACCUGACCUGACCCCACCGGGAAGCAAAACUGCAGCGCCCGUGUCCACCCACAUCCUCCUGAGGAUGCCUCAUGCUCGGCCCAGCCCGUCUCCCAGGGCAACCAGAGUAAACACCUUUUGGCCUUCCAGUUUGGUUCCUGGGUCCUCUUCAGCCUCCAGAGUAUCCCCUCAUCGAUCUUUUCUGCCUUUGUCCCCCAGUCCCAGGAGCUGGAAGGCCAUCACCAUCAUUGGAGGCUUAACCUGCCAAUUCUAGGAGGAGCUGGGAGUGCCUGGGGUUGGUUUGGGGUAAUCACUCACUGGUUCUCAACCUUCUAACACUUCAGCCCCUUAAUACAAUUCCUUCUGUUGUGGUGACUCCCCGACCUCCCCACACACCAUAAAAUUAUUUUCG